GUGCAGCCACAUCCACAGGCGCACUUCAGAGAAACUGUGCAGACAGCUCGAACAGAACGCCCGAACGAGUAUUGAGAAUUAGACACCAUGGUUUGGAGACUUUUCUUCGUGACAUUAUUACUAGCCCUUUUGGGAUCUAUGACAGGACAGGUUUCAGUGACGGAUGAUGUCUGUGGUCCAUUGCAAUCUUGUGAUGCAUGUGAAAAUGUGACUUCCUGCCAGUGGAUGAGCUGCACAGGUGAUGUCACACCUAAGUGUGUUAAUGGCAGUCUUGUAAACCAAACCAACUGCGUUAAUGUGAACUGCACAGACCAACCACAGACCUCGACAGUGAGCCCCAACACCACGAUGGCUACCAAUGCUACCACGAUAAUCACUUCCUCGACAAUCACCUCCACUUCAGCUCCGACUACAAACGUGACGGCCGCAAACUCUACAUCAACCUCGUCACCUACAACUUCUCCAUCUAAGACGUCCACAUUUGAUGCCGCCAGUUUCAUCGGGGGAAUUGUGUUAGUCCUUGGCCUUCAAGCUGUCAUCUUUUUCCUUUACAAGUUCUGCAAAUCCAAGGAUCGCAACUACCACACCCUGUAACGCUCUGCCACCUGGAGGCCCCACACGGCACCACAAAACCUACACUCCGACCCCAAAAGAGAGCGAGAUAGAGAGCAGUACACACAGAUUCUAUGAUAUUUCUUAAACACUCUUGUGAUUCCCCCAUGUUUAGCCUCAUAUUUGAUGCCUGUUAUUGGAGCUUUAGAAUUCAUUUAUAUUAGAGCUCUCACAAGCACUCAAGUUCAUUAACACAAAUUCACAAAAGAUUUUUUGAGCAUUGGAAUUAUGGGGUGUGCAAAACGUGUCCUGCUGCUUUCAUGAACAACCACAACUUUCCAAAUUAUGUCUUAAAAUGUUUCAUUUUUGAUGACCACACAGUGAUUCUUCGUCUCAAUAUCUUGGUGUUUCUUCUGAGAAGGGGCAUGAGCCAGAAUCUUCUCAUCAUGCCUGUGGCAAUACUUCCCCCAUAUCCAGUGUUAAUUUCACAAUGGUCAGGUAUCUUCACUAGAACAGUGUUUUAUACAGUUGCCAUGACUUAGGUUUUUUUGAUAUUCUACCCAGUCAUCUUCACCAAGUGCAAAAAUAAUAUCUGUAUAGUUCAGGAGUGAAUGAAAACUCUGUUAGUGUUGUGGUGUCACUUUUUUGGCCAUUGCUCACAUUCAUACCAACCAAGAGAGCAAAAGUGUUUGCAAUAAAUUACAUUCCCCAGCUUAAACCAUCUCAAUUAGAGAACCAGUAGACAUCAGUUCUCAAAACUAGUUAAACCUGGCAUUUCGCUCCCCAUUUCCCACAAUUUUGACAGUGGAGUGCUAGGUAAUGUCAGAGAUGCGUUAUAGACCCUUAGUUAACAUCCCAUGACCUCAUCGGGGAUCAUUGUGGUGGGCUUACCAGCGUAUAGGCCAUUUUAAGUUGUAAAUUUAUGGGGAUUCUGCCGGACAUGAGAACGGAACGAGGCACACUGAGUAAAGAGUAUCGAGGAUCCCAUUCAGAAUGAUUGGCGGAUGAGUCAAAGUGCCUUUAGGUGGAGGCAGUGGCUUGCUGCCUUAAAAGUGAGCCUUAAAAGUGUGAAUGUGUUGGUGGUGGGCCGCCAUCGAGGCCAGGCUCUGUGUUAGCGUGUCUGCCUGUAUGUCGGCGUGUCUAUGGACACGCGUGCGUGCUUGUGUCGAUAGUGUCUGCCAGCUGGACUGAUCGCUAGAUUAUACAGAGUAGAUAAUUAAAGGUUAAUUCAUUUGUUAAAUUAUGGAUUAAUGUUAUGUUUCUCUAAGCUUCUCCCAGUUCUUAAGGGUCAUUUCUUGCUUGCACAGAAAUAUCAGGCAGAUUCUAGUACUCCCAUUCAAAAGCAGAUUGAUAUUUGUACAUAAUCUGAACUCUUUGACCAUAAACUGAAAUCAAUAUAAUUUUAUGUAAGACACUUAAACAGUCUUAAAGUGAGUUUAUCACCGGGCUUGUACACAGAGCCUGAUGUUUUUUUAGGAGCAUUUGUGUUAAAUACCCUUAAAAAGAACUGAAAUUUGCCCUAGAAAAGUGCAUUCAGGAUAUGUUUUGUAUUUCUACAUUAAUCUGCGGAUUUUGAUGGACACUUAGAAUAGAGCCGUGUCAAACUCAUGAUUUAAUGCUUGGGUGUGAUUUCUGGAAUAUAAAUAUUAAGUUUGAGUAGAUUUGUUUUAAAUGCAGAAUUGACCUUGACUAUGUUUAAUUGUUGCCUUGUUCAGCAUAUUUCUUUCAGUACUCUGUUCUUAAAUGCAUUUGUCUGGCUAUUGCGCUGGUACGUGUAUAGGCCUAGGGCCUGUUUCCCUCCAUUUCUUUUUCUAAAAUUUGAAAUGUAAUAAUCUUGAUUAGCUUGCUGCUAAUAACUUCCUCUGCGAGUCGUAAUGUCGUUGGCUUAGGAAGCGAUUCAUGUUAUUUGUGUUGCAAAUAUUGAAAUGAAUAGAUUUGUUUGGGGCGUGCUUUAGUUUCAUCCUUCUGCUUCUCUGACAUCCCAACAUCGUAAUGUUUGAUUUCCAGCAUUGUGUUAACUGCAUGUUUCUCAAAAUAUGACUGUUAAGGCCUCACUCUUUAUUGAACCACUCUAAUUGCUUGUGCGUUGUCAUACUGUAUCACGGUGCUUAAAUGCCAAAGGUGUCUAUUUUAGCAUGAGUCACUAAAAAGCUGCUAUAAUGCUUCACAAGCUUCAUCUUGCCUGUAGUGUUGUCAGAUAAAAUCCUGUUUGCCAUUUCUCUUCAGCUUUGCCAAAUUAAAAACACUGGUUACAUAAAUGCAUAACUACACAACUCAUCACAGUAUUGUGUGUAUAGCAUCAGGCUACAUCCAAAGAUCCCACAUUUUAGCUGCGCAUCCAAAGGGCUGUAAAGGACAUAUUAUAUGUAUGGAUUUAAAGGGA